AGGGAAUUCAGCUGAGAGAGUGAUAACUCAGUGGAAGAGAGAGAGAGAGAGAGAGAGAAAAGGUUAAGAGAGAGAAACUGAGAAAGAGGGUCUCUUUCUUUUUGGAGUAUUGGGGUCACAACUUCUUUUAGCAAUGCCAAAGUUACUCUCAACAACACACUCUCUCAAAAUGCAGUCAUGAAAUCUUCUUCUCCCUCCAAAUUUCUUCUUCUUUUUCAUCAUCAUACCCACUUGUUCAAAGAUUCCUUAACAUUGCUAACACAACCUUGUUUCACAUGGGUUUAAUCGAUCUUAACACUACUGAGGAAGAUGAAACUCCAUCUUCAGCUAUUUCUUCUUCCUCUUCUUCUUCUCACUCUGGUAUAAGCACUUCUGCUUCGGCUAUGGUUCCUCCUCAACCUUCUGUUUGUUUGGAACUAUGGCAUGCUUGUGCUGGCCCUUUGAUCUCUCUUCCAAAGAAAGGAAGCAUUGUUGUGUAUGUUCCUCAAGGACACUUUGAACAAGCUCAGGAUUUUCCUGUUCCUGCUUGUAAUAUUCCACCUCAUGUUUUCUGUCGUGUUCUUGAUGUCAAGCUCCAUGCAGAGGAAGGGAGUGAUGAAGUGUAUUGCCAAGUCUCGUUGGUUCCUGAAAAUCAGCAAGCGGAGCAAAACAUUCGGGAAGGAGAAAUUGAUGCUGAUGCAGAAGAGGAGGAUACUGAUGCUUUGGUGAAGUCAACAACACCACAUAUGUUCUGCAAGACUCUCACAGCUUCUGACACUAGCACUCAUGGAGGAUUCUCAGUGCCUCGUCGAGCAGCUGAAGAUUGCUUUCCUCCCCUGGAUUACAGCCUGCAAAGACCUUCACAAGAGCUGGUAGCCAAGGAUUUGCAUGGUCUGGAGUGGAGGUUUCGACAUAUAUACAGGGGGCAGCCAAGGAGGCAUUUGCUCACAACUGGGUGGAGUGCAUUUGUGAACAAGAAGAAGCUAGUGUCCGGCGAUGCCGUGUUGUUUCUUAGAGGUGCGGAUGGAGAAUUGAGAUUGGGGAUUCGAAGGGCUGUUCAGUUGAAAAGUUCUGGUUCCUUUGCUGCUCCCUCUGGUCUGCAAUUGGAUCCUGGCUCUCUCAUGGAUGUUGUGAAUGCUUUGUCGAAGAGAUGUGCGUUCAGUGUUUGCUAUAAUCCAAGCAGGGUCAGUUCUUCAGAAUUCAUCAUACCUGUCAACAAAUUCAUGAAGAGCCUUGAUUGUUCUUAUUCUGUUGGAAUGAGGUUUAGGAUGCGUUUUGAAACCGAAGAUGCUGCAGAACGAAGAUUCACUGGAUUAAUUGCUGGAAUAAGUGAUGUGGAUCCUGUUAGAUGGCCAGGAUCAAAAUGGAAAUGCCUAUUGGUGAGGUGGGAUGACAUAGAAGCAUCAAGGCAUAACAGGGUUUCCCCUUGGGAAAUUGAGCCAUCUGGUUCUGCUUCCACUUCCAGUAACCUGAUGGCAGCUAGUUUGAAGAGGAGUAGGAUUGGAUUCACUUCAGGAAAGCUAGAAUUUCCAGUUCCCAAUGGGAUUGGUGUGUCGGACUUUGGGGAAUCGUUGAGGUUCCGAAAGGUCUUGCAAGGUCAAGAAAUUAUGGGUGUUAAUACUCCUUAUGAAAGUAUUAAUGCUCAGAGUCCCCGGUUAUUUGAGCUAGGGAGGUGCUAUCCCGGUUCUAACUGUUCCGGGAUAGCUGCAACAGGAAAUAUCAGAAUGCCACAAGUGACUUCUGAUUUUUCCAGUAAUGGCGUAGGCUUUGGUGAAUCUUUCCGAUUCCAAAAGGUCUUGCAAGGUCAAGAAAUUUUUCCGUGUCCACCCUACGGGAGAGCCGCGUUUGACGAGGCCCGUGGAAAUGGUUGCUUUGGACGUUACGAUGGUUAUCAGCUGCUCGGCUCCAGAAAUGGUUGGCCUGCGCAGAUGCACGACAACUCUUCACAUUUGCAUGCAUCCGUUACAUCUGGACAGGUGUCAUCUCCAUCAUCUGUGUUAAUGUUCCAGCAGGCUGUUAAUCCAGUUUCAAACUCUCAUUUUGAUAACACUAAUCGCUAUCAGGAGAAGGACAAUAAACUCCGUUACCAAGGCUCAUACAUAUCCGAAGCAAAAAAUGGAAUGUUCACGCCUUCACUACCCGACAAACCUAUUUUCUCUAGUGGACUAGCUCAGGAAGGCACAAAUCCUUUUGGUAUGCAUGAUUUUCAUAAUAAUAACAAUAUUAAUAAUCAGUCCAACAAUUCAAGGCUUCACGAUUCAGUUGCAAUACCGAGAGGCAAUCAAGAUAUGGUUUCGUCAUGUAAAACUGGCUGCAGACUCUUUGGGUUUUCAUUAACCGACGACACGAACAUUACAAAUAAAGAAGCUGCUGUUGCCUCUACUAUCACUUCUCAAUUGAAUUCUGGACCUUCCAUUCAAGCCAUGCGCUAAGGACUAAGGCGGUUGAGAAUAACUGUACCAAAGGUGUAUUGCAGUAUUGAACUGAGGAAUCAUCUGAUAUAGCAGAAGAAUGUUUCCUUAGUUUACCUGGUUAUGUAUUUUGCUAUAAUAAUAACUUGGGUUUCAAGAAAAUUGUUAUUCUAUUUGAGUAAUUUGUAUUUGAAUGUGGUAAUGAACUAGUUAAAGUGUUUCUGUAUUAAACUUAUGCGUACUUUUUGUGAUGUAAAGAGAUGCAUAGUAUUAAGUAAAACAAUUAUGGUAAGUCUAUGCAUAUUUAUUUUAUCCAACUUUAGAUCAUAUUUUGAUA